UACAAUUACUGGUGUUACAACACGAAAAGCAACUAAUUUGGGAGGAAGCCUGGUGCUCGACUGUGAAAUGACAAUCGACAGUAAGAAAGAGGGCAACAGGGUUAUUGAGUGGAAAAAAGACGGUCUUUCUCAGGAGGUAUACCUACAGUAUAUAGGUUACCAGGCCAUCGUGAACCCACAGUUUCAGGGACGGAUUAAACUCGUGAACGGGAUCUCGUUAGAGAUCUCGCACAUUCGCGCAGAAGACGAGGGUUGGUACGAGUGCCAAUACAUCGUUGUGGAUGGCGUAAAAGACAAAGCCGGCAAUGGGACCUGGGUUUACCUGGACGUCAACACUCCCCCUAAGAUCACCAACAGCUCGCCUAGUACUCUCCGUCACCAGCAGGGGGCAACAGUAACACUAUUUUGUCAGGCAGAGGGAUCUCCAGAACCUCACGUAGAAUGGACCAAAGAUGGAGAAAUCCUCACCAACUCACUCCGCAUCACCCUCAGUCCCGACCGUACACAACUUACCAUUCGUAGCCUGGAGCGGUCUGAUGGUGGACCUUACAGUUGUACAUUCCGUAACUCUCUCGGCCAGGUAGCUCAGCGGAUAGAUCUCAUUGUAGAAGGAGCAGCCUAUAUUCUGACAGCACCAGUCAACACGACCGCCAUCGCUGGUCAGAGAAUCGUAUUCACCUGUGGAGCCGACGCUUUCCCCACAAACAUCACGUACCACUGGUUUUUCAAAAAUCAGGAUGUGGUUACUAUGCGAGCUUACAUUAAGGGAAGGAUCCAAAUCAAGAGCACCGGCGACCUUGUCAUUUCUCCCGUGGAGAAGGACGAUAUGGGCUGGUAUAUCUGUCGGCCGACAAAUGGUGUGGGGAGAGACCCGGAGGCUCCAGCUUACCUGAAUGUCACAUAUCUGCCCAAGGUACUCUCUAUGCCGAGUGUUGUCACUUGGGCACUUGGCCUCCAAGCACAGCUGGACUGUCCAGUGGAAGCUAAUCCCGCGGUCAGCGAGUAUAUUUGGACUAAAAAUAACUUUAUGGUGGCCGUGCACCCUGAUCGGAUUACCCUAUUAGCCAAUGGCACGUUACUUAUAUACAAUGUGAGGAAAUCCGAUGAAGGAAGUUACAGCUGCCAGCCCGUUAGUCCCCUCGGCAGUGGAGAGACAUCUAAAGCUCGUCCAGGUGUCAGUUCAGAGAGGCAUCUCAUAGGUUAUCCACCUCAAUUUACUGUUCGGCCAUUGGAACGCUACAUUCAGAUCCCAGGAGACGAUGUUAUGUUUCCAUGUGCAGCCACGGGUUCGCCCACCCCAAAUAUACACUGGCGAAAAGUCGGGGGACAGAUCAUCUUCGGCCCUCGAUUCCAGCUAAUCGGGGGCAAUCUCACUAUAAAGGACCUUGUCAAAGAGGACCAUGGAAGAUAUGAGUGCGAGGCAGAAAAUUCAGUUGCCCGAAUGGUCAUAUCUACUGAAUUAAUUGUACAAAUGACAACACCACAUGCGCCUUACAAUGUUACAGUCUCUACCAAGUGGUUUGAGGCCACGCUACGAUGGAUCCCCGCCUACAAUGGAGGAAGUCCCCAAUACUACUUCAUAUGGUACCGAACGGUCAACAGUAUGACAGGGCAGACCUCACAGUGGCAACAGAUGCGCGUUGAACCUCAAAACGCUACAAGUUUUACCAUCUACAUGCUUCAGCCUGACUCCCUCUACCAGAUGAAAGUACUCGCUCGCAACCAAUACGGUGACGGAACCUACAGCGAAACAGUCCAGGCGCGAACACUUGGUAACACAGGCACCUUACCAACAGCCUUACCCACCGACCCAACAAAUGGACAAGUUUAUCACCCCUCCUUAGACAAACCCCUAGGGCCAAGACCAUUUCCUCCAAAAAAUGUCACCGCUAGAAAUGAAAAUGGCGGUAUACGAAUUUCCUGGAAGCCAGCAAAUGACGCCAACACCACCAUAUUUUAUUACGUCAUAGAAAUGACGACAACCAAUCGCUGGGUGAAAUUUAAUGACCAUGUCCAAUUUCCGUUUGCGUCUUACUUCUACGAAAAAGUUGAUCCAUCUACUACGUACCGAUUCCGAGUGUAUGCCUACAGUGUGUUGUCAUAUAGUUACCCUAGUGCCGUUGCCAUAGUAACAACACCUGCUGCAGUGACUACCAGUAUAAGCAUGGCCGAUUUGGAAGCUGAACCAACAGGUAUUUUCCUGUCUCAGGCAGAAAUUGGAGGGAUAGUUGGUGGAUUAUUGUUUCUUCUCGUCGCAAUUCUCCUCGUUAUCAUAGCUGUAAUAUGCAGUAAACGAAAGGAAAGACAUAGAGGCGACAAAUAUGGAAAUGUUAAAUAUAUAGGCCCAGCUGAUGAAAUGGAUUCACACAUGCCUAUAAAUAGAACUCAAAAUGCGCCAGAAUGGGAUAGCUGGGACGCGAUUGGAGGAACAGGCUCUUUGAAUAGUGUGGAUUGUGGAAACGGGAUAUUUGUGGUGCCACAUUCCAACGAAUUCUACAGGGAGGACACUUUGCCAGUGAGCGCGUAUUUCCAAGAAAGCCGGAUGUUUGAUCCGGAUAAGUGUUUGUUUGAUCCCAACAGGAGUGGUCGGAGUGUGUCUCGCAGCUCCAAUGGGAGACGAUCCCAAACUGGGAGAGGUCGAUUUUCUAAACCUGACACAAGUGACAGACAGAUAAGUGGCAGCAUGAUUGGGAGUGUCAGUGGCGUCGGGGUCGGCGGGGAAACGGGUAGAUGCUGGACAUCUCCCGACAGGAAUGACACUCUCAAGGAUAAACAAAGCCUACAGCUCUCUGUCACUCAGCUAAAGGAUAGGUCUUACCCUAUGCUCCGCUCACCUGUGUCGGACAAAAAUCACGAUAGUGACGCUGAUGAUGAAACAGAUGAUGAGAACGGGUUUGCCCCUAAAAGGCCUCCCCUUCCUCGCGGGUACCGAGUGCCCUACAAGCCGGAGGUGUACAUGGGGCCACACCGACACUGGGGCAGCGGUGACCCCUACAGUUAUCCUGGUGACACAGACGAUGUGUUCAGCCCCCCGGCGGGCAAUAGAUCCGCUAUGGAUCAACCAACAUUCCCAAGGCAAAGUUCCAUGAAACCUUCGUCAUAUCAAACAUAUUUGACUGGUGAUCCAGUCAACGAAAGCUUUGGUCAUUAUUUUGGUGUGGAAGAUUUGAGUUCAGUUCAUCCCUCAUUUGUAGAUAAGUCAUUAGAUAGGUCACAUGACACACUGCCUAGGCUACAUCCUCUGUCCAGGCCAGACUUGCCUGGGCCGCAAUCAUUCGAGUUUCCGAGUUGGAGGUCAACAGACAGCACAUUACGCGACGACGGAUCACGUUCCACAUCUAGAGUUCAUUUUGACAAUUCUGAUUUCACAGUGAUUGAAAGAACGCUAGAUGGGAGUUCUGGGCGAGGCCGUCAGGUGGCUAGGGUCCCUCCCAACCAGAAAGAUAAUUUGGGAAGAGCGGGUUACACACGGGAGCAUCUUCAGGGGGCAGUAGACCGCGUGCGUCGUGGACCACGCGCUCUACGGACACGUUCGGCUAGUAGGAGUUCUGGUCAGGAACUUGAUCAUAGUUUCGAUGACAGACUACCACCGGUGGUUCCGGGGAGAAUGACCUAUUUGUCUGACAGUGUGCUUCCUCUAAGAACGGGAACAUCUCAAUAUUCCGACCAGGAUGCUCCCGUACCUCCACGCAGAGGCCGACUGUCUCAUUCUGAUACCGAAUUUCCGUCCAGGACCGAUAUAGACCGCCAUGGUUGGCCGUAUGGGUAUAACAUAGACUUCUUUAAGUCAGAUAAGGGAACUGGUAAUAGGUAUAGUAUUAGCAGCUCAGGGCGAGGAAGUUCCAGCAGCCGUAUGCGGCCUUCAUCAGAUUCACGGGGCUACACCGGAGACGACACCACACCGGACUCCGGUAGUAGUGGUAUUGGCAGUAAAAACACGGGGUCGUCCGGCCCAUGGCGGCAGCAAAGGAAUAAUAGUGCGUCUGUGACGUCACUUCUGGGUCCACAUGACACGAGUCAAGAUUCGACUCAUUUACCUCCGGACUACAGCCUUCGUCGGGAGGCCUCAGGAGAUGAGAAUUAUGAGUUUGAUGUGAUGGAUACACUCAAUAAGUACUCUCAUAUACACCCCGUUGGUGACGAACUGUUGAGUGCACUUGAGAAUGGUCUCAGCACAUCCAAUUUUUACGAUGAUCUCUACCCGAAGCCUACGCGCCAAAGUCGCUACGACAACUCUGAAGAACGAUUCCAAAAACUUCGUCAGGAAUUCCAUCAGUAUCAAAGACAGAUCCACAAUCAAAGUGUGGUGGACUACUAUCCUGCUAUGGACAGUGAGAUGUUGUGAUGUUAAGACGGGUAUGUGUGUGCAGUUGUGUAUGAAGUUAGAUAUGGACAUUAUAAUUGUUGUGCUGGGUAUAGUAUUGGACAUGUGUGCUUGUGAGACUGACAAUAUUUUGAGUAUGUAUGGAUCAAUGUUACAUAUUAAUUGUGCUUUCUGAGUUGAUAGUGUGGUAUUGUUCUGAAUUUAGACACGUUUUUGUGUCUUCACUAUAAAAGUUUUCCAUGUUUUUGAUUCACAAUUUAUCCGAAGUCCGUGUUUGAUAUCGCUCUGACAACUGGUACAAAUCAUCAACCAUCAUACAGAUUGGUAAACAUGUAAUACAUUUGUAUCUCAUGCAUUCAUGAAAGAUUGAAUGUGAACAUUGUUAGCACUUCCGUACCUCUAAAAUAACCAUGUGACAGCUGGUGUACAUCUACGUGAUUGUACCUGGUGUACCUCUACACGUGAUU